GACAGAAGGAGGGCAUGGAGGCCAAUGGGAGGUUAGAUCAGCAGCACCAAGUUAGAAAGCAAAAAAUGGACACAUUCCAAGAUGUAUUCCAGAAGGUAGAGAAGAUUGGGGAGGGCACCUAUGGAGUCGUGUAUAAAGCAAGAAACAAGCAAACAGGCCAGUUAGUUGCUCUGAAGAAGAUCCGACUUGAUUCAGAGACAGAAGGAGUACCUAGUACAGCAAUCAGAGAAAUCUCAUUGUUAAAAGAAUUGAAACACCCAAAUAUAGUGAGGCUCCUUGAUGUAGUACAUAAUCAGAAGAAGCUAUAUCUAGUCUUUGAAUAUUUGAAUCAAGAUCUUAAAAAGUACAUGGACUCAUCUCGUACAGGAGAGCUUCCUCUAAGCUUAGUCAAGAGCUAUCUUUACCAAUUGUUACAAGGUGUAAGCUUCUGUCACUCUCACAGAGUUAUCCACAGAGACCUGAAGCCUCAGAAUUUGCUCAUAAAUGAAAUGGGAGCCAUCAAACUAGCCGAUUUUGGCCUAGCUAGAGCUUUUGGAGUUCCACUGCGUACCUACACACAUGAGGUGGUAACCUUGUGGUAUCGGGCUCCUGAAAUUUUACUGGGUUGUAAAUAUUACUCAACAGCUGUGGAUAUCUGGAGCAUUGGCUGUAUCUUUGCAGAAAUGGUGACUAGAAAAGCCUUGUUUCCUGGAGACUCUGAAAUUGACCAGCUAUUCCGGAUUUUCCGCACUCUUGGUACUCCUACUGAAUCACUCUGGCCAGGAGUCACAAAUCUUCCUGACUAUAAAGGAAAUUUCCCCAAAUGGCCAAGGAAAGAUAUGAAGGUGAUAAUUCCAAACUUGGAUCGAGAUGGACGAGAUUUACUGCUUCAAUUACUAAUGUAUGAUCCUAACAAGCGCAUCUCAGCCAAAGCUGCUUUGAACCACCAGUAUUUCUGGCAAACUCCACGGGAUGCUAAACAGUGUGUGGUAGAACAGUACGGGCCAUGA